CUUUCCCCAAAUUUAUAGUUUUUUGGUCUCACUUGGGCAUACUUGCCACCCAAUAUGACUUGAAAAUAUUGUCAUAAAUACAUUGUUAAAUAACUUAAUAAGUCGUACACUUACAAUGUACAAACUAUUUUAGUUUGUAGGGGGACUGGGGUUCAAUAGGAAAUGGACAACCUAAAUUUAUACGAGGUUCUCGGAGUGGCUCCGGAUGCAACUGAUGAUGAAAUUAAAAAGAACUACCGAAAAUUGGCCAAAGAGUUCCAUCCAGACAAGAAUCCCGAUGCGGGCGACAAGUUCAAGGAAAUAUCCUUCGCCUACGAAGUACUGUCCGAUCCCGAGAAGCGUCGCAUCUACGACCGUUACGGAUUGAAGGGCCUGCAAGAGGGCGCCGAUGGAUUCUCUGAUGCCUCCGAUUUCUUCGCCCAAUGGUUCCCUUUCGAUCGGGCCUCACCCGGAGGUCGGGGCAGGCGCAAUGGCAAAGUCGUGGUGAAGGUGGAGCUGACUCUGGAAGAGAUCUAUGUCGGCGGCAUGAGCAAGAAGGUGGAGUACCAGCGCCAGAAGCUGUGCUCGAAGUGUAACGGCGACGGCGGUCCCAAGGAAGCGCACGAGAGCUGCGAGACCUGCGGUGGGGCUGGACGAGCGGCCGCAUUUACCUUCAUGGGUCUCAGCCCCUUCGAUACGACCUGUCCGACUUGCGAUGGGAGGGGCUUCACCAUAAAUAACGACAAGAAGUGCAGUCCCUGCCAGGGCAGUGGUUUUGUAGAGCAGAAGAUGAAGCGGGACUUGGUCGUGGAACGAGGGGCAACGCACAUGCUAAAGGUUCCCUUCGCAAAUGAGGGACACCAAAUGCGAGGCGGCGAGUUCGGGGAUCUGAUAGUAGUCAUAUCCCAGCUGGAGCAUCCACUAUUUCAGCGCCGCCAUGCAAAUCUGUACAUGCGGGACCUAGAUAUCAACAUCACCGAGGCGUUGUGCGGCUACACGCAUUGCUUUAAGCACUUGGAUGGACGGAACGUCUGUCUGCGCACCUACCCGGGUGAAGUGUUGCAUCACAACCAAAUCAAGAUGGUGCGAGGCAGUGGCAUGCCCGUUUUCAACAAGUCCAGCGACAGUGGAGAUCUCUACAUGAAGUUUAAGGUUAACUUUCCGGGCAACGACUUUGCCACGGCACCGCAGCUCGCCAUGCUGGAGGAUUUACUUCCUCCCAGACAGCCGAUUGCGAUCCCAAAGAACGCCGAGGAAGUGCAAAUGAUGGACUAUAAGCCGCAGCCGCGACAGCAGGAGGACGAGGACGGACAGUCGUCUCACUUUGAGGGCGUACAGUGCCAGACGGCUUAGUGCCUGUGGUUGUGGCUCCUGCAAGCGCGGUUUCUCUGCCUCGAUUUGUGGCUCAUACUGGGCACUUUCGGCGUAGAUGAAGUCUGUUUCCUGGUGCCGCUGUUCGUCCUGAUAUGCAUAGUAUUAUUUUUCAUACAGGAAUGUUUGCUGUGAAAAAAGCGCGUGAUCUAAAUUCGUAGUGUUAUUAUUCGAGACUAAAGCUUAGCUGAUCUGAUCUUCAAUAGAUGCGUCAUCAAUAAAAUAGCCACUCUAAAUUAUCUACUUAUUUAUUGUUAAAAAUUUUUUGUGGGCUUAACUUGCCUUAAUUAUCCCUACAAAUCAAUAAACCAAUAUACAAUAGUCUCUCCAUA